AUGGAACCCAACAACCCGCCCCCAGCCGCGGCCGAGGCAGCGGCAGGCAGCGGCGGCGGCGGCGAAGGCCGGAAGGGCAAGGCGCUCAAAGGCGGGCCGGAGAACGGCAAGUUCCGGUACCGCGGCGUGCGGCAGCGGAGCUGGGGCAAGUGGGUGGCGGAGAUCCGCGAGCCCCGGAAGCGCUCCCGCAAGUGGCUCGGCACCUUCGCCACCGCCGAGGACGCCGCGCGCGCCUACGACCGCGCCGCGCUCCUCCUCUACGGCCCGCGCGCGCACCUCAACCUCACCUCCCCGCCGCCGCAGCCGCCGCCGCUCGCCGCACCGCGCUCCCACACGCACUCCUCAUCGUCCGCGUCCGCGCCGCCCGCGCUCCGCCCGCUCCUGCCGCGCCCGGCGCCGCCGCAACAGCACUCCGGAUGCGCCGGUGCCCCCACGCCGCCGGCCUUCCACCACCACCAGUUCCAGUACCACCUCCUGCCGCCGCCGCCGCAGCAGCAGCUGACCCCGCCGCUGUACUACGCCAGCACGGCCACGGCGUCCACGGUGAUAACCACGGUGCCGCCAAUGGUGGAGGCGCCGCAGGAGCCGGCGGUCGCGCCCGCAGUGGGAUCCUCUACGUCGCUACUGGAGCCGCAGGCGGGGACACCGGAGGAGGCUGCCGCGGAGGCGGGCUGGGAGUACAACGGCGACGAAGAGGAGGACUACGCGGCGGCGCUGCUCUGGGAAGAGCCCGAGCCCUUCUUCUGGUUUGAUGUUUUCCUCAAGUGA